UAUAUAUAUUUGAUUGUAAAAUCAGUAAUAUAAGGCAGGAUCGGAAUUGAAGUUUUAGUUUUUAUAUAUGGCGGCGACUCCGAAAGAUCACGUAGAAGAAAUCCGCAGAAGAAAGUUUAAAAUCGGAGUAGAGUCGAAGUCUCUGAAGGAUGAGGAUGACUACUCUGUGAAUGAGGACAUCCAUCAAGCCGUUAAACUCCUCUCCGCCGAGCUCUACUCCAAGGAUGUCCACUUUCUCAUGGAACUCAUCCAGAAUGCGGAGGAUAAUGAGUACGAGGAGGGAGUGGAUCCCAGUUUGGAAUUCGUCAUCACAUCCAAAGACAUAACGGACACCGGAGCCAAGGCCACGCUCUUGGUAUUCAACAAUGAAAAGGGAUUCUCCCCUAAGAAUAUUAACUCCAUUUGCAGCGUUGCGCGUUCCACCAAGAAAGGCAACCGCAAGACUGGCUAUAUUGGCGAGAAAGGGAUUGGGUUCAAGAGCGUGUUUCUGAUCACAGCCCGGCCUUACAUUUUUAGCAAUGGCUACCAGAUUCGGUUCAGUGAGGAGCCUUGCAGCCAUUGCGGUAUUGGUUAUAUUGUUCCAGAGUGGGUGGUGGAUGACAACCCUGUUCUUGCAUGCAUAAGACAAAUCUAUGGUUCUUCAACCCCACUCCCUACCACAACUCUAGUGUUGCCUCUCAAGUCUGACAAGGUGAAUCCCGUGAAGCAGCAACUUUCAACCGUUCAUCCUGAGCUCCUCUUGUUUCUUUCAAAGAUACGCAAGCUCUCAGUCAGGGAAGACAAUGAGGAUCUAAAGCUCAAUACUGUGAGCACAAUAUCCAUUUCAAGUGAGACAGAUUUUGUUAAGAAGAAAAACAUUGAUGCCGAGUCCUAUCUGCUAACUCUCGCUGCUGAUGAAAAGUUGGGUAACGCUGGACAAUGCAGUUACCACAUGUGGAGGCAAAGAUUCCCAGUCAAGCAACAACACAGAGUAGACAGAAGAAUGGAUGUUGACGAGUGGGUGAUUACACUUGCAUUUCCAAUUGGAGAACGUCUCAACCGGGGAACUACCUCCUCCUCCUCCUUAGGAAUCUAUUCUUUUCUUCCUACAGAGAUGGUCACCAACUUCCCGUUUAUAAUCCAGGCAGACUUCCUACUUUCAUCAUCCAGGGAGACUAUCCUUUUAGAUAACCCAUGGAACCAGGGAAUUCUCAACUGUGUUCCCUCGGCCUUCCUAAAUGCUUUCACCUCUCUAGUCAAAGCCAAUGAAGAUGCUCCCGUCUCUACUCUCAUUCAAAUGUUUGGCUUUUUACCAGUUGCAACUUCUUCUUAUGCAACUCUUAAUGCCAUAAGAAAUUCUAUCAAACAAAAACUGCUAGAGGAGGAUAUAAUUCCAUGUCAGUCCUACACAAAACAGAAGUUUUUCAGAAAACCAAAUCAAGUUGGUAGGCUGCAGCCUGCCUUUUGGAACUUGUUGAAUAAGGCAAGGAUGCAAGGGGUCACUUUGCACAACAUCUCUUCCCACGGAAGGCAUAUUCUGAAUUCUGCAUUUGAUCAGGAGGAGUACAAUGACAUUCUCAACUUUUUGGACGUAAAGCACGUUGAAGAUGGGUGGUAUUCGAGGUGCAUUCAGAGCUCUGAUCUUGUUUUAGGCGUGUCCGAAGAUCUUUACUUGGAACUGUUAUUAUUUGUUGCGGUCAACUGGAAACAAUCUUUUUCAAGUACUAAUAUGGUGAAAAUACCAUUGCUGAAGUAUGUUGACAGUAAUGGGCAUGUGGCACUGUGUAGCACAAAUGAGGUAUCUAAAGGUUAUCUCACAUUGCUUCUGUGCACUUGCUCUGAUCAAGUAUCGUGGCUGACUAGUUGGAACAGAGAGUUCCGCUGCAUUAAGGGAUAUUUCAUUGCUGAAUCAACACAAGAAGCAUUUCACAGUUCUUCUUCUAAUAAGUGGCAAAAUGUGUUGAAUUGGCUUCGCAAUGAGGUGAAUGUUAAAUCUGUAGAUGUGCAUGAGUAUGCACGUCUGAUCCACAAGUCACUGAGUCAUGAUCAGAAGCUUGUCCUCGCAUAUGCUCAUUUCCUAUAUCACUCGUGUCAGAGUCUGUAUUUGUCUAGAGGACAAAUUGAUUCGCUUAGGAGUGACAUGCCACUUGUUGAUGACUAUGGGCAGAUUGUCACCAAAAGAAAAGGUGUUGUUGUACCUGCAAAUGGAAGUAAAUGGGUUCAGCUGAUUGGUUCGAAUCCAUGGAAAAGUGAGGGUUACACUGAGCUCGGAGAAGACUAUUUGCGUUCUGGAAGAUAUGCUGAUGUAUCUACCAAGAAAGAAGAGCUCCUUGGAUUUCUUAAAUCUGAUGUCCAUGCGUUGGAUAUUCCCAAUUUGCCUCCUCCAGAUGCUACACUAUCCAGUAUGUCUUCACCACUAACAAGGGAAAACGCAUUCCUGCUGUUAGAUUGGAUUGGUAAUAUGAGAAUGCAGCAAGUUUCAAUGCCAGCGAGGUUCUUGGCCUGCAUACAGAAUGGAAGUUGGCUUAAAGUCCGUCUAUGUGGUAGUCCUGGCUAUCGGCCACCAUCACAAUCCUUCUUCCAUUCCUCAUCGUGGGGGCAUCAUUUGCAGAAUGGAUCAUUGCGUGUUGACAUCCCUCUACUUGAUCAGGAAUUUUAUGGUGGCCAGAUAUCCAACUAUCAGCAAGAGCUGAAAACAACUGGUGUCAUGUUUGAAUUUAAGGAUGCUUGUCAAUUUAUUGGGGAACAUUUUAUGUCUCUGGCGGCUUCUUCAACUUUGUCUAAAAAUGAUGUCUUCUCAAUACUUAAUUUCAUUAGGUAUUUGAGGGAUAAAUAUUUUUCUCCCGAUGAGUUCAUCAACAGUAUCAAAGAUAGGAGUUGGUUGCAGACAACUCAAGGCAAGAGGAACCCAGGACAAUCUGUUUUCUGUGAUAACGAAUGGGCUGCUGCCUCACAGAUCAGCGAUAUCCCAUUUGUUGAUCAAAAUUAUUAUGGUCAGGGUAUUCUUGCUUACAAGGAAGAACUCAAGCUGCUUGGUGUCGUCUUCGGUUUCAGUCAAAAUUUCCAGCUAGUUGUUUCCAACUUGAAACCUUCAGAAAAAUUGAGUUCACUAAGUGCUGAAGCAGCUCUCAUGGCACUGGACUGUAUUCGUCAUCUAAAUUUAACAUCUUCUGAUAGACUAUGCGGGGCACUCAAGGAAAACAGAUGUCUAAAGACGGUGAAUAAGGGAUACAAAUUUCCUGCUGAAUGUUUCCUACCUGAUCCAACCUGGGGUUGCCUUCUUCAGGUUUUUGACAGCUUCCCCCUCAUUGAUGAAAAGUUUUAUGGAAGCAGAAUCUUUGGCUACAAGAAUGAGCUACACAAAUUGGGAGUGAUCCAUGGUUUUAAUGAAGUGACUGAAAAAUUUGCUCGUGUUUUUAGGCAGCGAAGUGCUUUGAGUAAUAGCAAUGCACUUUCUUUCCUUGCAUGCUACAGGAAAUUAAAAGCAACCAGCUUCAAUUUACAGUCAGAUCAUAAUGUUGGGAAAUGCAUUAAGGAGGUAAAGUGGCUAAGAACUCAACUAGGAGUCACUUGUACACCAAAAGAGUGCAUCUUGUUUGGAGAAGAUUGGAAAUCAAUCUCUUCUGUCUCUCUAUUACCAUUUCUGGAUGAUGCUUACUAUGGCCAGGACAUUAAGGAGUAUGAAGCUGAGCUUAAUAAAAUGGGCGUUGCUACCACAUUUAAAAAGGGCACAAAAUUUGUGCCUGCAAGCAUUCGUCUGCCUCAGAACCCAAGUUGUAUUUCACCUUCUGUUGCAUUUUCAGUGUUGCAGUGCAUACAGAAUUUGCUUAAGGAUCAUGAAGACAAUCUGAUCUCUGAUCUUGUGAAAAAACUUAAUCAGAAGUGGAUCAAAACUCAAGGUGGUUACCGAAGUCCAAAAGAGUGUUUGCUUUACAGUUCCGAUUGGAAUGACACGUUGAAGCAAGAGGAUGGACCCUUCAUUGAUGAAAAGUUUUAUGGUCCAAAUAUUUUGUUAUACAAAAAAGAAGUCGAAGCUUUGGGAGUUGUGGUUGAGGUGAAAAAUGGAUGCUCAUUGGUUGCUGAUUACCUUGGUGUGCAUUCUAAUCGCACCACUAUCAAUCGGAUAUAUACAUACUUGUAUAAACAUGACUGGCUUCCUAGAGGUGAUAAUGUAAGUGCAGAGAUAUGGAUUCCCAAUGGGGAGAAUAGCGGAAAGUGGGUGAGUCCUCAGGAUUGUGUUCUCCAUGAUAAAACCAAUCUUUUUGGUUCACAGUUGUUUGAUUUAGGGAAGUAUUACAGUAAGGAACUGCUGGGUUUCUUUGGCAAAUUGGGAGUUAAUAGCAGUCCUUGCCUGGAGGACUAUUUGAAGCUGUGGAAAGCAUGGGAGUGUGCAGAUAGGAGAUUGAUGGGUUCUGAGUGCUGUGCCUUUUGGGAGUUUGUAGUGAAGCACUGGAACUCAAAGACAAAAAAAUAUGUUGAAGAGAAUUUAUCAAAACUUCCGGUUUGUUCAUACUCAGGGGGUCCAAAUGGGGGGAUUUUGCUGGUUGACAAACAUGAAGUUUUUAUAGGUGAUGAUCUCUACUUGAAGGAGGUUUUUGAAAAAAGUUGUGUGCAGCAGGAGGAGGGGAUGUUUGUUUGGUACCCCCAGCCAAGCCUUCCAUCCUUGCCCCGAACCAAGCUUCUCAAUAUCUACAGUGAAAUUGGUGUUCCAAGAUUGUCUGAAUCCGCCCAGAGCAGGGAAGUUUCUUCAAUUGAGUGUGCUGGACUGGAAAGGGCGAAUCCGGAAAUGAUGUUUGUUGGGAAGAAUAUGUUGAGACUCAUUCUUGGUUUUCUAGCUCAGGCUUGUGUGGAGAUGGAAGCGGAGAAGAGGCACGAGGCUGUGAGGCGGCUUGUAAACACCAGCUUUCUGGAGCUGAAACGACCAAUCACAGUUGAGUACAAGGUGUCAUUUUCGUCGGGGGAAAUCCUGAGUGCUAAAGGAAGCAGAAUGAUGCGAUGGGAGAGAGAGAAGUCUAAGUUCUUCAUUACAAAACUCGAGAAAUCAGAUGGUUACAAAGGUGUCCUCGAGUAUGCUACAUAUUACUCAGAAGAAGUUGCAAAGGGAAUAUUGUGGGAGAAAGAAGAUGAGGAGGUGUGGGAGCUUGCUGAAUUCAUCAAGUUAGGCUACAUCCUCAAGUUUGACCAAGAGGCUAUCAGGUUCCUGAUGAAGACAAAGAAUCUUGAGAUUUUCAUGGAGGAUGAACACUUUCUCUCAUCUCUCUUUCCUGAUGAUGAUGAAGAAGAAUAGGCCAGGCCAGGUAUGAUGAACAACAUUAAUUUUUAUGAAUUCAGAUUUCUUCAUUUGGCAAGGCAAGGGAAAAGAGAAGAGAAGAGUGAAGUGCAAUAUAAUUAUAUUAUAUUAUAUUGGGUUGUUUUCUGUUGUGCAAGUACGUUAGUUGUAUUAUCCUGAAAAUCUUUACUUACUAGGAUUUACUAUAAUUUUUUGUUAAAGCUAUAAAUAAUAUCAUGAAAGCUAAAGAUUGGAGUAAUGGAGAUUGAUCAAAGUAAUUAAGUUUGAAAUAUUGAUGAA